GCUGGAGCCUGCGCGGUUGCCAGGGUGACAGGAACACAACAUGGCGCGCUGAGGGCUGGGCCGGGAGGGGCCCGGAGGGGGCCCGGCCGCUCUCUCGCUCACCCCGAGACCUGCAGGCGAGCGCAGGAUGAACAAAUGCAAAUCAGUUGGUGAUAUAGGAGAGGGAACAUUUUCUGAUGUUCUGAAGACACUGAGUCAUAGGGAUGGAAAGUACUAUCCAUGUAAACACAUGAAGCAACAUUUUGAAAGUAUGGAACAAGUGCAUAAUCUGAGAGAAAUACAAACACUAAGGAGCCUGAGUCUGUAUCCUAACAGUUUUUUGUUACAUGAAGUUGUUCUAUAAAAAGCUGGCUCCCUUUCACUGAUAUGUGAACUUUUGGAACUGAAUAUUUGUGAGCUGAUCAAAGAAAGAAGAAAACCAUUACCUAAAAAAAGAAUCAAGAACUACAUGUACCAGUUAUGCAAAUCUCUUGACUACAUAUACAGAAAUGGGAUAUUUCACAGAGCCGUGAAACCAGAAAACAUAUUAAUAAAGCAGAAUAUCCUGAAGUUAGGAGAUUUUCGAUCUUGUAGGAGCAUCUAUUCUAAGCAGCCCCAAGAAUGUAUCUCUGCAUGCUGGUACUGAACACCUGAAUGCUUACUUACAAAUGGCUACUAUAGUUGUAAAAUUGCUAUGUGGCGUGCUGGCUGUGUUUUCUGUGAAAUCACAAGUUUUCAGCCUCUCUUUCCAGGAUCUCAUGAGCUGGACCAAAUUUCAAAAAUCCAUGACGUUACAGGCACUUCAGCUAACAAAACUCUCAACAAGUUCAAGCAGUCGAGAAUUGUAAGUUUUGAUUUCCCCUUUAAAAAGGGAAAAGGAAUACCCCCUCUUGUGCACAAUAUUUCUCCCAAAGGCUUCUCUCUCCUGUAUGCAAUGAUAAAAUAUGAUCCUGAUGAGAGAAUUGCAGCCCAUGGAGCAUUACAGCACCCUUAUUUUCAAGAACUCUGGGCAUUUGAUACACAAGCUUUGGCCAUGCACAGAAAAUUAAGGUUACUAGGAAAUACAUCAGGGAAAGUACCUCUGCAUUUGUGGCAAAUUUCAAAGGAAAGUUAAAGACGGCAUUAUCUUAGGAAAGUCCAGGAAAAAACAAAACAGCAACAUGGACCUCCUUGGGGGGAGUGACAAAAAUUCAAUCCUUCUGGAGCAGCCAAACUGACUUUCUGUUCUACUUCUACAUUGCAUUCAGUUUUCCAGGUGCCUAAGGAAAGUGGCGAAGCCCCUGUGUUACAGUCUGUUAGAUUUAUUGGAUCAAAUAUCAAAUCUGAGAAACAGAAGGCACUUAAGUCUUCCCCAAAACAUUUCCACUUACCUGCUACAGAACGAAGGUUACUGACCACCCUGUAAAGUAUUUGGAGUGUGAGGAAAAGCACAACUACGCAGUGUGGGAGACCCAAUUGUGCUUCCGUUGUUAGAGAUCUAACAAGAACAGCAGUGCCUUAUUUUGUGUUUCUCUGACAAUUUGUAGGAAAACCUCAGAAGGUUCUGAGGGCUGCUUACCUACCAGUUUGGUAUUCUGUUCCUGAAGGGUCUCAAUAUUUAGUUAUAGCAUUGUUCUGGCAGAGCUUAGAGAGCAUUCUGCAUUGAACAUCCAUAGUAGUUUUUCUUUUUAGAACCUGAUAGAAGAGGUUGGUUAAAAAUAAUGUGAAAGGCUUCUUUGAGCUUCAGUAUUAGGAACGAAAUGUUAUCUACAAAAAACAAGUUUUCAUAUUAUAUUGUAAAUGACAGUUAACUUCUGUAUAUUUUUUUAGAUGUAAAAGAUAUUUACUUUUUGGUCAACUCUGGAAAGUAUUCACCUCCUGUGUACAGUAAUCUCAGGCUUUAUUGAGAAUGUGGAGAUUAUGCAAUCAUAUGAAAUACCUGAUUUUGAUGUAGUUUCUGUAACUGCUUAAUAUUUGUAUAUAACUAUAAAUUGACUAAAAGGAAAAGCAGCUUUCUAUCUGAUUCAAAAGCAAAUAAAAUUUAAGUCAUAGUUUUCUUCAAGCCAUUGAUAAUAAUAUUAAUCGUUUUAACAAUGACUGAUACUGUGGCUAGUUGCUUAAAAGAUUGAUGCUCUAAAUCCAAACGGUUUAUUCUAAUCAGUUAAGAUGCAGCUCAAACAAUGCAGUAAAAUACACGUCAACAUAAAGAUUUUAGAAAAAAUACUAGUCAUGUAGAAUAAAAGUUAUGCCAAUUAUGCUCUCAGCUCUCUUACUAGGCUAUGCAUUUGUGAAGGUAAUGACUCUUCUCACUUACAGGUUUUCCAGUAGGUGGCUUUUUUGUUAUGUUGGUUGGUUGGUUGUUUUUUUAAGAAUCUGCAUCUCAACAGUUGUAGGAUUGUGUUGUGACUGCAUUAGAUCCUGUUCCUUGUUCUACCAUUCAGCUUCUGGGUUACUUUGAGCAUGCCCAAAUUCCACAUGAUAGCUUUUCAAUGUGGGGAAGCUCAUGAGACUCAAGUUUAUGAAUCCUUUUGAGAUCUUCUGCUUAAAAGCACUUGUCUAUCUUACGCUUGUCUUCAUGUUUUGAAGAAGGUAUUAUUUUCAUAUACUGUACUUAGAAUCAACAUGAUGUUUACUAGCAGACUUUUUAAUAUGUGAAAAUAUUAGUAGACUAAAUGUGGUGCAUACUGUGGGAAUUGGUUUUUAGUAUUGAUUCAGAAUUGACUAUCCAAGUUGAUAUUUUGCACCUGCAUCAUGGCCUGCUGUUCCUUUGCUCAUUUUACUCCAUUUCUUCACGGCAAACUUUGAGAAUCUCAAUAGCAAGACUGGAAAAACAUCCCAGCCCUGGCAAGAAUUCUUGUAAAAUAAGGCUACAGUGAAUGAACAAGGCUCUGCAGGGAAACCUGUAUUGCUGCUACUCGUCCUAGAUAUGGCAGGGGAAUAGCAGAUUUCUCUUAGUAGGACUGAACAAAUACAUAAGCAGUGUUCUAUCAGAGGAGUAUUCUAUACCAGUACAGUGAAAGGGAGAAUUAAACAGCAGAACAUAACAGUAUAACUAACUGCUCUUAUUUAAUUGAAACUCAUACUGGAUGGAUGUUCUUUCCUCCAGUUCUAAGCAGAAAAUAUGUGCCUGACCAUGACU